CUAACGUUCGUUUGUCAGUUAGCAAGGAAGCGUCCGAUUAGUGUUUUCAAUCCAUUCUCUCGAAAAGUAAUUUUAGUACCUAUAUUUCGGCUAAAGUUUUAGUUUUUACUAUCAAUAAAAGUGCAAAACAAGUACUUCGUAUUUAAUAUUGUUACAAACAUGUCGAAGAAAAUUCCAGUUGUAGUGGAAGCCGUUCUUCCGGAGGACAAUAUUCUCGCUACGCGGAGUGGAAUCUGGCGAACAAUUAUGGAUAAAUAUUCGAAGACGGGUGAUACGAAAGAUUUCAAAUUCAACGAUAUUGACAAACUCUAUGGUGAGCCAAGCGACGAGAAUCAGCAGGCUAAUGAAGUGGAGUCUAGUGAUGGCGAUGAUUCGGAUCAGGAAAACCGGGAAGAGAUGAACAAACAGCUUUCGGUAGUUGUGGAAAAGAGAAAAAGACGAUGGCAGCGGUCCGGUUUAUCGAAACUGAUGGAAAGUAUCGAGGACCAGAGCCAGCAAUUUAACAUGCUGAGUCAGGAGAAGGUGGAAAACUGGCUCUCGAGUCAGUUCGACGGUAUCGCUCGGGAAAUGACACAAGGACAGGAAACCGUAAUGACGGAACGAAACGAAGACGGAGACCGAAUGCGAUUCCAUCGGAAGCAGCAGCUGACGGUUUCCACCAAGGAUGACGAGGAUUCGUUGUUUUCCGUUGACACUGCGAAAUACAUCCUAUCGAAUCGCGGGAAAAACAACAGCUACAGCAAAGUGCGGGUAACAACUACGAUUCAGCAGUUUACACUCGCCACCAGAAACUCAAACGGCAAACUACACCCCAAGUUACAUUCCAUCAGCGCUUUCCCGGCUAUUAACGAAGAGCAUUUGCCAUCGUUAGGAGUAAAUCGCGCUGUAGCUAAAUCGGAUUCGGUUUUCGAAACCGCAGAAAGUCAGAGUUUUAUGAACGAUAGUGAACUGAAGCUGGCAAUGAAGCCGUUGAAACGAACACCACCAGCGGAAGUAGAUAAAAAAAGCAAGCGUAAGAAAGUUUUCAAGAAGACUAUGAAAAAGCGGAGUAGCAGUCGGAAAGGUUCGAAAUCUUCGAAAGCAUCCAGUGCUUCGCGUGAAUACGAACAAGCCCUGCAGAGCGGUGCUUGUGUCAAAAAAGUUCCAUUGGUUAAGUCUAAGAAGAAGCAGAUUCGCUGGAUGGAGACCAGCUACUCGGAAUUGAGCCCUCGAAACAAUAAAAAAGACGAUGACGCUGACAGCAGCAGUAGCAGCGAACCGGACGAAGUAUUCACCAGAUCGAAGGCAAAGCAAAAGACUCCACCGAAGCGGGAACUUCGGCGUCGGAGACGCACUUCCGAGUCCGAUUCAUCACCGAGGAAGAAACCGCACUCACCGCGGCAGAAAACCGCCAUAGAACGGUCACUGGUGGCUCCCUUCGAGGCCAUCUGUUUGAGUCCUACGAAAAAAUCUCCCAAAGCCAGAGAGAGACUUGAUUUCACAGCUCAAAUUGAUCAGACCACCAACAUGACGGCUCUGUUCAUGGCUGCGAACGACAAGAUAACCAACUCGACCGAAAUAAACAAUGUGACAUCCUGCUGUUCGACCUACAUUUCGAACACCACUGCGAUUCCCAGUCGCUCGUGGGGUCGGAACGAUCAAACCCGCUGUCUGUUGGUCUACAAGCCACGCCAAAUAGAACCGAACUGUGCGGCAGACGAACGAAUUCGCAUUACCGUCGAUGAUCUGGAUCUCGCAAACGUCACCAAACCACGCCACCUGGAGAAGUUUAAAAAGUUCAACUAUCUGAUUCAUCCGAAUUCAUCGGUUCGCUUCUACCCAUCGGACUCCGAGGAGGACAUACCCCAAACAGGACAGAGUACUGCCACUUCGAUGACCGACGAGGACGAGAGUUUCGACGAGGAUGACCCGAUCUUGACCUUCAAUCCACGCAACACCGACCGGCUCAACGUGAUGGAAGUCCCGUUCAAUUAAACUCACGGAUCGAUGUAAAUUGUUGUAUCAAGAUUGCCAGUAGACAUUUGACGCCUCAAGAAGUUUGGUGGUGUUUUGAAUGCUCGGUUAGAAGCCCUUGUAGAUCCCUCAGGACAUUGUACAUAACAUUGCUCUUCCUUAAGUGUUUAAAGUUUGAACUAUUAUUUUUUACAGAAAAUGCUUGUAUUCUUUUAUUUGCUCAAUUCUGUUCCUUGGUUGGCUUAGUUAAAAUGGGGUUAUUUCAUAGUUCAGCAUCGUCCUGUUGUUUAAAUUUCAAACGAAUUGUAAAAAUUACACCCUUAAUGUUCAAAGCAUUCCGGAUUCUGGGAUCUUUUAAGUGUUCAAAUCCGCAAUAUACUUGUACUAACAGAGGUUAAAUACUUUGAAAUGACUCUUUGGCUUUGACUGUAACAGCAAAUGGUCACCCGUUUACAGGUCAACCUUUCUAUAGCGGAAGACGUUUCUAAGAUGGUAGAUCAACUCGGUACCGGUAUCUACUGUCAGCAAAUAAUCUCACAGUAAUCUCUUUCGCUAGGUAAAUAAAGUACUGCUCUCCAAGCAGCAAUAUUCGUGUUUAUGUAGUGUACCGAAUAGUGGGAGAAAAUAUUUUCGAUCAGUCUGGUGUAGGUCGAAACAUAACUAUAGACAGUAAUUGGAAUAAAUCAGAACAAAAUGGUUUUGACAGCAUGGAA